GCGAUUCCUGGAGCUCCCUGCAGGAGGUGAAAGUCCCGGCGGGUCCGGAUGGCGUAGUUGUGCCACGGCGCAGCAGCUGCCGGAGCUCGCGGCCGCCGAGCGCUGGGCGGGGAAACUUGCCUCUGCUUUCCUCUAACUUGCGGCGGGUGGAUCUCCGCUUGACACACCGCCGCCGAGGCAGUUUGAAAAUUGGAAAGGAGGACUUUUAAGGCCACUUUUGAUUUGCCAACACUGUCUACAGUCUGAAGCUGAGGUGACUGAAUGGGGCACACUUUUGGAGAAAUAAAAAUGCCUUCUCAUUAUGUGAUGGCCUUGUUUGCACUGAUGAGUUCCUGUGUGGCCACUACAGGUCCGGAGCCCAGUACCCAGUGUGAGUUGUCACCCGUCAAUGCCUCCCAUCCGGUGCAGGCCUUAAUGGAGAGCUUCACCGUCUUGUCGGGGUGUGCCAGCAGAGGCACAACAGGGCUGCCGCAGGAGGUGCACGUCCUGAACCUCCGUGCUGCUGAGCCGGGGCUCGGCCAGCCCCAGAAAGAGGUCACUCUACACCUCAAUCCUAUCUCCUCCGUCCACAUUCACCACAAGCCUGUCGUGUUCCUGCUCAACUCCCCAAAGCCCCUGGUCUGGCAUCUGAAGACAGAGAGGCUUGCAGUUGGGGUCUCUAGACUUUUCUUGGUGUCUCAGGGUUCCACGGUCCAAUUUUCAUCAGGAAACUUCUCCUUGUCAGCAGAAACAGAAGAAAGGAGCUUCCCCCAUGGAAACGAACAUCUGUUAAAUUGGGCUCGAAAGGAGUAUGGAGCAGUCACUUCAUUCACUGAACUCAAGAUAGCAAGAAACAUUUAUAUUAAAGUGGGAGAAGAUCAAGUGUUCCCUCCCAUGUGCAACAUAGGGAAGAAUUUUCUCUCGCUCAAUUAUCUUGCUGAGUACCUUCAGCCCAAAGCAGCAGAGGGUUGUGUGAUAUCCAGCCAGCCCCAGGAUAAGGAAGUACACAUCAUUGAGUUAAUUACCCCCAACUCUAACCCCUACAGUGCUUUCCAGGUGGACAUAAUAAUUGACAUAAGACCUUCUCAAAAGGACCUUGAGGUGGUCAAAAAUCUCAUCCUGAUCUUGAAGUGCAAAAAGUCUGUCAACUGGGUGAUCAAGUCUUUUGAUGUUAAGGGAAACCUGAAAGUUGUUGCUCCUAACAGUAUUGGCUUUGGGAAAGAGAGUGAAAGAUCCAUGAUAAUGACCAAAUCAAUAAGAGAUGACAUUCCUUCAACCCAAGAGAAUCUGGUCAAGUGGGCUUUGGACAAUGGCUAUAGUCCAGUAACAUCAUAUACAGUGGCUCCUGUGGCUAAUAGAUUCCAUCUUCAGCUUGAAAACAACGAGGAAAUGAGAGAUGAGGAAGUCCAUACCAUCCCUCCUGAGCUACGGAUCUUGCUGGACCCUGUCGCCCUGCCUGCCCUGGAGAACCCACCCAUCCGAGGAGGGGGAGGCCGAAAUGGAGGUUUCCCCUUUCCUUUCCCUGACAUCUCCAGGAGAGGCCAGAAGGAAGGAGGAGAAGAUGGGAUCCCCCGGCCAAAGGCCCCGGUCAUCCCCAGCAUACAACUGUUUCCUGAUCCCACAGAGCCUGAGGAGGUGCAAGGGAACAUGGAGGUUGCCCUGUCAGUCAGAUGUGAUGAUGAGAAGAUGAUCGUGGCUGUAGAAAAAGAUUCUCUUCAGGCCAACAGCUACUCAGGGAUGGAGCUCACCCUGUUGGAUCCUACCUGCAAGGCCAAGAUGAAUGGCACGCACUUCAUUUUGGAGUCUCCCCUGAAUGGCUGUGGUACUCGUCACCGGCGGUCAGCCCCAGAUGGUGUGGUUUACUAUAAUUCCAUUGUGAUACAGGUUCCGUCACCUGGAGAUAGUAGUGGCUGGCCAGAUGGUUAUGAAGAUUUGGAGUCAGGCGAUAAUGGAUUUCCAGGAGAUAUGGAUGAAAGCGAUACCUCCUUCUUCGGCCGACCUGAAAUUGUGGUGUUUAAUUGCAGCCUGCGGCAGGUGGGGAAUCCCAAUAGCUUCCAGGACCCACCCAACAGAAACAUCACUUUCAACAUGGAGCUGUACAACACUGACCUCUUUCUCGUGCCCUCUCAGGGGGUCUUCUCCGUGGCAGAGAAUGGACACAUUUAUGUUGAGGUAUCUGUUACUAAGGCUGACCAAGAAUUGGGAUUUGCCAUCCAAACGUGCUUUAUCUCUCCAUAUUCAAACCCUGAUAGGAUGUCUGAUUAUACCAUCAUUGAAAACAUUUGUCCUAAAGACGAAUCUGUGAAAUUUUACAAUCCCAAGAGGGUGCACUUUCCUAUCCCACAAGCUGAGAUGGACAAGAAGCGAUUCAGCUUUGUGUUUAAGUCCAUUUUCAACACCUCACUGCUCUUUCUACAAUGUGAGCUCACGUUGUGCACCAAGAAGGAAAAAGACCCCCAGAAGUUACCUAAGUGUGUGCCCCCGGAUGAAGCCUGCACCUCACUGGACGCCUCAAUGAUCUGGGCCAUGAUGCAGAAUAAGAAGACAUUCACCAAGCCCCUCGCUGUGAUCCACCAGCAAGUAGAGGCUAAAGAAACAGGUCCAAGCAUUAAGGAACCGAGUCCAAUUUCUCCACCAGUCUUCCACGGUCUGGACACCCUCACCGUGAUGGGCAUUGCGUUUGCGGCGUUUGUGAUCGGAGCCCUCCUGACGGGGGCCCUGUGGUACAUCUAUUCUCACACAGGGGAGACCGCGGGAAGGCAGCAAGUCCCCACCUCGCCGCCGGCCUCGGAAAACAGCAGUGCGGCGCACAGCAUCGGCAGCACGCAGAGCACGCCCUGCUCCAGCAGCAGCGCCGCCUAG